AGUGGUUCUCCGUCUCGUCGAGGGGGUGGCGGAUUUUCGUCGUGUGUGCAAUCUCACGUUACGGAAAUCUCGGCGUCCGUGACACUUAAACGUACGUCGAUCGUACUAACAAUCGUUUCGCGCCCAAAAAAACAUUCAGGAAGCGAAAAAUCUAUAAUUUGGAACAAAAAAAGACGGCUAUGACGGCGCGUCGAUAUAUGUUUCUCGUUUCUCUUUAGCUAAGCGGUGGAAAGUCUAAUUAAAUAAACUUGCAAUCCAAUGCUCGAUGCGAUCGGCCCUUAGUCCUUGAACGGACAGGCGACGUUUCGUGACCAUCGUAAGCGCACAUGUGGACGAGGAUAAAUCACCUUAGCGAGAGGGAUGUCUGAGAGCGACGGAGAGCAUGCAGCUCGCUCGGUGGCCUUAGAGCAAGCCUACGUCCACGAAGUAUACGAGCAAUGCGCUGAGAAGACCACGCAAAGUAAACACUGGCCACGAGUAUAUCAAUUUCUUCAAGAACUUGAACCGGGUGCCCUCGUCUGCGACAUCGGUUGCGGCAACGGAAAAUAUCUCAGCGUAAAUCACAGUGUCUUCAAGAUAGGGGUGGACAGAUGCAAGCGUUUCACGGACAUCGCGCGCGAGAAGGAAAACGAGGUUCUAAUCUGCGAUAAUUUGGCUCUACCAUUCCGAGAAGAAAGCUUCGAUGCGGUGCUGUCGAUCGCCGUGGUGCACCAUUUCGCUACCACGGAGAGGAGGGUACAUGCGUUGAAGGAGUUGGCGCGGGUCCUUAGAAUCGGAGGUCGGCUCGUUAUAUCCGUCUGGGCUAUGGAACAAAAGCAUAGGAAGUUUGAAUCGCAAGAUGUUUUAAUACCGUGGCCCAAAUCGCAUUGCAUGAGCGCAUCGUCAGAUGGGACGAAGCAUUCGGGUGCAUCAGACGGUAACGAGAAGCGAGAUGAUGACGCUGCACAGAAACAUCCGUCAUCCUCAAAGAGAAAUAGCCAACGAAAAUGUAAAAGCAAGAGUUAUUGGAUCGAUCCGAUAUUCAGCUUGUCACCAUCCACCAGUAGCCUCUCUAGCCCGAAUGAGACCUGUUAUAGCUGUUUCCGGCGAGCGUUACAGAAAUUAGCGAGAAGUAGACGCGGAGGUGGCGGUCGUGCCUGGUUUCCUGGAAGUUGGCAGAGUAGCACCAAAAGCCGGCGGAAUUACGAUCCUGAGGACACGACCGACGUGGACGAGCUGCCGAUCGAGCUGCGCCGCGUGGAAACCACACAUACGCUAACGAUGACGAACAAGCAUUCCGCGGACACGUUAAGCAUCAAAUCCAAAAGCUUGGGCGAUAUCCUGGAAAUUGAGCGGCUCGAUUUGGUGCGUUCCCGGUCCAGCAUCCCGGGUUUCUACACGACGUCCGAGCUGAUCUUGGACGAGCGGUCGGUCUCGUCGUCGUCGAGCGGCUCAAAGCCGCGACUGGUGAAGCAGAAGUCGUACGUAGAAGAGAUUGGUUUGGAGAAUCCUGAAGACACUGCCAUUGAAAAUCUGAUCAAGGACCUCCCGGAUUUCUCCUACCAGUCGUUGCGCAAGCGUAACGUACCGUUGAAGCAGAGCUCGAUGAACGAGGAAUUGAUGUCGGCGGAACGGCUGGAGGAGAAGGAACGAGUGCGACGGAAUAUCAUGAAGCAGGCGUCGCUGAACGAGGAGCUCAUCUGCAAGUGGCGAACAUUCGAGGCGCUCAAGGAUUCGAUCAGUCCGGUGAGCGCCAGUCGGCGCUUCCAAUUGCUGAAGAACGGGCUCACCAGUAAAAUCAAGCGUUCCACAACGAACAUCGAGAAGGUCUCUAGCAUGUCCAUCAAGAAUGGUUUCGUUCGGAUGCUGCAGGGAUGGAAAUCCUGCGAGAGCGAAUCAACGUCCGCCGCGACGGCGGAAGCGACGACAAAGUCGAAGCAAACGGACAAUAAAGUACAACCGGUGACAAUGGUGAAACGUAGCAUCGAGGGUGUCGAACGUCGUCUCUCACGCGAGGACGGCUCGGACUCGUCCAAGGACAGCAGUCUGCAGAGCGACACCAGCGUAGAUUCCGAAGACAGCUUCGCGUCUGUGAUUUACGUGCCGAAGCAGGACGUCGCCGUCCCGUCACCGCCUCCCUCGGCGACGUCCUCGGUCAAUGAGGUUCCUUCCGCGCCGCGACCGGCGGCAUUGCAGAUCGGCACGACGUCGGCACCACCGUCGCCGCGUGUCAAGCAGCCGCUGGACGGUGGUCAGUCGUCCAGAUUCAAAGUGAUCGGCGUGUCACCAUUGCUGAAACAACAAUCGACUGGCAGCACGAAUACAAAUACGAAUACGAGUACGCAUCACGGUGAUGCGACGAAACCUAGUGUGCCGACCAUCGUCUGCAAGGAAACGUCCGAUAACACUUUACAGGCACCAACGUCAGCAGGACUCCGUCUUACGUCGGAACCGGAUGAGGAGCCGGACACCACGUCGUUGGUGCAUACUUACAACGAUGCCAGCAAGGCAGUCGGUCGCGAGCCGAUCGCGAGCGAGGACGACAGCCGAAAGGCCAGACUGAAUCAGAUCAAGGAGCUGCUCAUAGCGAAGCCGGGCUUUGCGACUCGCGCCAGACCGUCGUUUCCGUUGGUUAGGCGUGCCUCCACGGCGGCCUCAGGUCGUCUGGAGACAGUCACGAGAAUCUUGCCGCGUUUGCUAUCUCUGGAACUGUUCAAUCCGGAGACCGACGACUUGGACAGCGAUUCCAGCGGCGUCUCGUCGCCGGAGUCGGUCGGCUCGGUGAUCAGCGUCACGUCGGACGAGCGGUACAUCGCGAGGAAGGAGGCUGAAGAAAAGAGAAACAACGUACAGACGGACGAGAGUCUCUCCAAAUCAAGCGGAGACGAUGUGUCAAAGAGGACGAAGGAAACGGAAAGUAGUAUACGUGACGACGAGUCGGUGAGUAUGGGAACAACAGCGUCAUUCGAGGAUUCGAAUACACCGCUAGAUCCCGCGCACGACGACUCGUCCGCGGAAUUCGAAGAUGAAAAUCCGCUCCUUGCGGAAACCGAGGUGAUGCGCGACUUUUCUCGAGAUAAUUUAGCAGGGACUGACACAGUCUGCCCCACGUCGCGCAUUCUUUUGGAAAGCGGAAAGUCCAUCUCCUCGCAAUCUAUGAGGCUUUUGGAGGCCGCUGCUAAUGUGGCGAGCUCACUGGAGGACGCCGUGGAGAAGGCGAUUCAACAUAAUGCCCAAGUGGAACAAUUCUCGCCAUUCUCGCAGGUUGCACAACGACGGAAUAAUGACGGCAUCUGGUCGCAAUCGAGCGUGCGAACGCGAGCGUACUUGAAGCAGGAUUGUAAAUCCGCUACGGUAGAUUUGGGCGGCUACGCUAACGAAUCGAGCAGCGAUCUUAUACGAGAUAUCAGUCGGUACUGCCAGAACUCGUCGUUCGAUUUUUUCGAGGUCUGCCAGACGUCGGGAACUACGUCGUCGUCGUCGGACGUUGCGGAAAAUAAUUUGGAUACGGGCACUACAGCCUGCUGGGACGGGUGCAAUCAAGUACCCAAAGAGACGUCGUGGGUCGUAAACGAAGCGUACGACGGGAGUGGAUACGACAAGUUCGCCAAUGUGGUCCAAUCCAAAUUGACACCCAAAUCCUCCAAAUCUCUCUGCGACGAUACCGUUUUCGAAUCCGAAUUCGAUCGUAAAUUUCCGUGCAACUCCAAGUACGAAGUUCAGCUCGAAGCCGAGCCCAAAACCACAUUCAUAUCCAAAUACGACGAAACGUUUAGAGUUAAUCGUAAAUCUGAAGAGAAAUUAAAAACUGAGGCCGAUCUUGUAUCCAGAUUCAAUCCUGAAUCCAGUAGUAAUCUUAUAAGUGAUACCAAAAAAUUUAUCAAUGCUGAAAGCACGCUCAAUCUCCAAUCCGGAGCAGGACUCAAAUCCAACGUUAAUCAGGAGCAUUCUGCCGACACCUCGUCGUUGUUGCGCAGCAACUCGGACGACACGUUGGACUUCGUGAUGGUGUCUAAGACGGGCGAGUUCGAGGAGGCAGUGGAGGACUCGAGGGCGGCCGGGAAAUGGCGUUCCUCUCACAGCGGAUUAUCGAUGGACUCGAGCGACGUGGGCGACUCUCUGAUGGAGAACACAGCGACGAGCCUGAGCGACGGCAGCCAGGCGGAGUCGACUGCGAGACUGUUCACCGGCAGCACGGUGUCACUGGUAUCGAAUCCGAAUGUAGAGAACGCCCGUCGGUGUUCGGUGGAGCGUCGAAGACUGCAGGAACGCGGCCGUUCGUUGGACGAGAUGUCGAGUGAGACGAAGAGGCGAGACGCCGCGGGCUGUCUAGUCACCGCGAGCACCGACACUCUGAGUAACGCCUCGUCCCAGGAAUCGUUGCCCUCCGAUCGCGGCGGCGGUUCCAUUACCUAUCACCAAUAUUAUCACGUCUUUCGGGAGGGCGAGCUGGAUCAGCUGAUCAACAAGUACGUCGAGAACCUGCAUAUCAUUUCAUCGUAUUACGACCACGCAAGCUGGUGCGUCGUCGCGGAGAAAGUGCAGGUCUGGACUAUAUGACUUCGGAUACGGAUCAUCGUGUGAAGGACCAGCGCGGCUGCCGCGACUCGUUCUCGGCCGUCUUCGCCAAGUUGUACCGGGUGUCUCGAUAGGAGAUGUCAGCCAGAAGGGAUCAACUAGGUUCAACUUUAUGAAAAUUCGCAUCCGCUUAUAGUUUCACGUUUCAGUCAAAAAUAGUUCCCGGUCUACUAAUUCAAGAAAAUGAAUCGCAAAUCUAAGAAGCUGGGGAAUAUACAAUUCCUAAAUCCUUUAAUUUUUAAUGUUUAACACGGUUCGCACCAUUUAGAAUUUGGAUUACGAAACGACGUGUUGGAAAGAACGCUUACUUUCGUGGUCAAAAGUACUGAUUCCUCUUUUUUUGAGGCACACAGUACACUCCGGUGGAUGGAUUAAAUGCGGUUAAGUACGAGAAAUCUCGGCUAUAGUGCGAGGCUUACGACUCUAAAUCCGUAGAUCUAAGAGUCCAAGGAUCUCAAAAUUCAGGGGUCCAAGAAUCCAAGGAUUUAAAGGCUCAAGGAUUUCAUAAUAAUCCAAGUUAACGAGUUUAAUCACGAGUUGACUUUCUAACGGUCCGUUCUCAAAAAUUCUGCGACGACCUAUAUCGCUAUUGAAGUAUCGCUUUGCGCUCGUUGAACAUUCCUUUCACGUUUUAUCUCAUCAUAAGAUUUCUCUGUCCAUGAUGUCUCUGAAGUGAUGUGAUAAGAAUGUAACUUAAAAAUAACAACAAAAAGUAACGAAAUAUAAACAAAUCAGUUUUCAUCAAUUAAUUGAACUGAUACGUCGUAAAAUGUUCAACAACAAAAUAUAAAGAGCAUUUUAAAAAUUUUACUUAUCAAUACUUAUCAAUAUUUCUUUUAAUUGAUUUCUAUUAAUUACUGCAAUAAUAUAAUUUCUUACUCUUCACGUCCACGACUCGUUUGGUUUUAGCGUCACUUCAGAGACAUUCAGGAUUAUUCAUUUCAUUUAUCGAACAUCUCGGAACAACGAUUGCAGAAAGCACGAUUCUUCGAGGACACGCCAAAGUAAAAGAGGGAAGAAAUGUUAUAUGCUCGAAGGCUGAUUGAUUUCCUCGAAGAGUGAUGCGAUCUGAAUGUACAAUGCGUUAAGCGUAAAAGUUCAGAAAAAUUCAGAAAACGGCAAUUGGCUCCCGGCUGUGGAGCGUAUUUUCUAGCUUCUCGAGGAACCGACAAUAUCCGAACGCUUGAACGUAGAUAUACCUCAAUAAUGCGAACGUUCCACUUCCAGAAAUGUAUGCAUGCAUAAUAUACAUGUAUACGUUUACACACGUGUUUGCGUACAUACACAUACUAGAGUAUCCCUUACUUGUAGAAAAUUCUUGCGCAGUGAUGAGAGAAUCGCAUUGGCGAAUUAAACUAUCGACAUUGAAAUUGACAACAAAAUUAAAUGAGAAACAGUGGUAGUGUAUAUGUGUAAAUAUACACAUAUAUUUCAAAUGUAAGUGAUUUAAGAAGAAAAUAUAAAUAUUUGGAAUAAUCACAUAAGCAAGUAAGGGACAUCCUAACACAUAUACCCAUACACAAUACACGCGUGCGCGCAUAUACAUACACAUAGAACACACAGCAUACGUACGUACAUACGUGAUACAUAUAUAUUAGGAUAUAAGGAUUCAAGGAUCCAAUGAUCUGAAAAUUGAAUGCUUAUAUCCUUGGAUUCUUCGCCCUAAGUUUUUCGACUCGUCAGACCGUUAAACUUUUACGUUUAUAGAACAAAUUUUAUUACCGAUUAUUGUCACUCCUUCGUUCCGUGAAUGCUCGCCUCUUUUUGGAAAUUCUCAGUUUUCCCACGAUCGCACUCAAAGGUCUUGAAAUCCCUCAACAUUUUAGUCCGCGCAGUCUUUUCAGGUCCUCUUAAAUAAUCCUUUUUAAUCCUGAAACACACACGAAAGAUCUUAGCGCGUUGUUAUAUUUGACAAUUUUUUAAAUUCAUACAGUAAGGCAUUCGGCGACUGAAGAUCCAAGGAUCCAAGCAUCCGUUUACGGUACCGUAUACUCACACGUCGCAUAGAACAGGGCAUAAAUGUAAUCUAAGCUUCGUUAUUUUUAUGAUCUCAAUUAAUUAUCGUAGUCGAGAACGAAGUUUUUAUCGCGACCCUUUAACCGGUGAAUCCUUUAACCGAACGGCGAUCCCUUUGCGCCAAAAACAGACACACCUGCAAUGAAAUUGCUGAAUGAAUUCUACGAUAUAUAUCAUAGGAUUCUCAUAAGAUAUUGUAUAUCGAGAGUGAUAUUCGCAUCGGAUCGCGCUAAAGUUAACGCAAUAUUAUAUUAAGGACUUGUUAAGGACAGAGCGGGAAAAUUUGUCCUUUAUAUAGUUUUCGGCGCACAAUAUGCGGUAGAAUGCACUGAAGAAAAUGAAAAAGGGAGAAAAUAUGAUAGAUAAGGGGCGAUAAGCUUGGGAUUACUGGUUAAAGGGUGAUUCGAUCAAGAGCAACAAGCUGCUGUCCCGUUUCCGGAAAACCGUUCGGUUAGCGAGAUGCAUUUAACUGGUAGUCGACGAUGUUCUUUUCUAAUUUAUGGAAUGAUUUCCAUUCGUACCCGUUUCGAAGGAGGAAACGCGUAUCAGAAGCGUGUAUGCAUGUAUGUUUGCGUGAGACAGAGAAAGAGAGAAAGAUAGAGCGCUCGAGAGAGAGAGAGAGAGAGAGAGAGAGAGAGAGAGAGAGAGAGAAAGAGAGAGUGUGGGUAGACCAAAGACGAUAUCUCGAGAAAGAGAAAGAAACCGGUGUAAAUAUGUAAAAUAAAGUGUUCCUGACGUAAACGCACA